AUGCAAUAUCUAAAAUUGCUCGUCGAUCAAAAUUACCCAAACAAAACCCUUGUUUACACCGGCGAUUUCCGAAGCCUGCUGCAGCACACAUCCGCCGGUGAUUCUCGACUAAUUUCAGGUUUGCCCUCCAACCUCGCUGUCGCACACCACCGCCUACGCUGCCCCGUACCACCACCAUCGCUGCCCCACACCACCAUCAGCGACACCCCAGGUAAAUGAGUUGCGACAACAAUUGUCAAACAUGGAACAAGCCAUGGAAGAAAAGCAAAGUGAAAUGAAUUUGCAAAUGCAACAAAUGAGAAAUGAAAUGGAAUUGCAAGUGCAACGACAAUUGGCGGCCUUUAUGAAACAAAUCAAUCCGUCCGGUAAUCCACCAAGUAGUUCUUAGUUUUUGUUUUAGAACACUAAAUUAAUGUUAUGUUAUUGACUAGUUCUUAGUUUUUGUAAUGGUAUUGUAAUGGUAUUUUGAGUAUUUGAAUGUAUGAAUGGUAUGUUAGUGACUAUUUUAAUGGUAAUG